GCAGCUGGGCCAACUCCGCGGCGCAGGCGGCGGCGGAGCGCGGGGCGCCAGUGGCGGGUCCAGCUGCCGCCGACCAUGCCCGAGCCCACCUCCGGGCAGCCGCCACGCGCCGCCCAGGCCCCGGCCGGGGAGGAUGCUAGACGCCCGGGAGAAGCCAGGGCAGCGGCGGCAGCGGCGGCGCGAUGGUGGUGACAAGCUCUGCCCGAGGCGGCGGCGGGGACCGCGCGCCCUCCCGGCGGCGGGGCUGCGGACUCGCGCCGGCCGGGGCCGCGGCGCUACUGGCCGGGGCGAGCUGCCUGUGCUACGGCCGCUCCCUGCAGGGCGAGUUCGUGCACGACGAUGUGUGGGCGAUCGUCAACAACCCCGACGUGCGGCCCGGCGCCCCGCUGCGCUGGGGCAUCUUCUCCAACGACUUCUGGGGCAAGGGCAUGGCCGAGAACACCAGCCACAAGUCCUAUCGGCCGCUGUGCGUCCUCACCUUCAAGUUAAACAUCUUUUUGACUGGCAUGAACCCAUUCUACUUCCAUGCAGUAAAUGUCAUUUUACACUGCCUAGUGACUCUCGUGCUGAUGUACACCUGUGACAAAACUGUCUUCAAAAAUCGUGGGCUAGCUUUUGUUACGGCGUUGCUUUUUGCUGUGCAUCCUGUUCACACUGAGGCGGUGGCUGGGAUUGUUGGCAGAGCAGACGUGUUGGCGUGCCUACUGUUUCUGUUGGCCUUUCUCUCCUACAAUAGGAGUGUGGACCAGUGUUGUGCUGGGGAAUGUUUCCCUCCCACGGCUUCUCCCUUCUUCCUGCUGCUCAGUCUGUUUCUGGGGACCUGCGCGAUGCUGGUGAAGGAGACUGGCAUCACGGUGUUUGGAGUGUGCUUGGUUUAUGAUCUCUUUUCCCUGUCCCACAAUCAUGAUAAAUCGAGCAACGGGGUCAUCCAUCAGCACAGCCUGCAGCAGCCCGGGAGCUCCUCACCCUCCGCACCGCCAGUGCACCUUCUCCGGGAGAACGGGAAGCAGCAGAGGUUCCCUCACAAAGGAGCUUGGGGUGGCUGCCAUGCCCCAUUGCCACCGGAACCCAAGAGCAGCGGAUUCCCUGUGUCUCCUCGAGCUGUGUGGUCCUUGAUGAGGUACCUGACAGCAAGCAGCAGUAGAAAUUUCCUGCUUACCAUGAGGCCAUUCUUAAAAAGAGCCAUUCUGGUCAUAAGUUAUGUAAUUGUUGUUCUGUACUUCCGCCUGUGGAUAAUGGGAGGAUCUAUGCCCCUCUUCUCAGAGCAGGAUAAUCCGGCUUCAUUUUCGCCUUACAUUCUUACAAGAUUCCUUACUUAUUCCUACCUCUUGGCCUUCAACAUGUGGCUUCUGCUUGCACCUGUUACCCUCUGCUAUGACUGGCAGGUGGGCAGUAUUCCUCUGGUAGAGACCAUAUGGGACACGCGGAACUUAGCCACCAUCCUUCUGGCCAUUGUGAUGGCCUUAUUGAGCCUUCAUUGUUUAGCAGCCUUCAAGAGACUGGAGCACAGGGAAGUUUUGAUGGGCUUGUUGUUCCUGGUUUUCCCGUUCAUCCCAGCCAGCAACCUCUUCUUCAGGGUGGGUUUCGUGGUGGCCGAGAGAGUCCUUUACAUGCCCAGCAUGGGCUACUGCAUCCUUUUCGUGCACGGACUGAGCAAGCUCUGCACGUGGCUGAAUCGCUGUGGGGCCACCACCCUGAGUGUGUCCACCGUACUGCUGCUCUUGCUUUUCUCUUGGAAAACCGUGAAACAGAAUGAAAUCUGGCUGUCGAGAGAGUCCCUAUUCAGGUCUGGUGUUCAAACUCUGCCCCACAAUGCCAAGGUUCACUACAACUACGCCAAUUUCCUGAAGGACCAGGGUCGGAACAAGGAAGCCAUCUACCACUACAGAACGGCUCUCAAGUUGUAUCCACGCCAUGCAAGUGCCCUGAACAACCUUGGAACACUGACCAGAGACACGGCAGAGGCAAAGCUGUACUAUCAGAGGGCCCUCCAGCUAAAUCCACAGCAUAACCGGGCUCUUUUCAACCUUGGGAAUCUCCUCAAGUCUCAAGAGAAAAAGGAAGAGGCUAUCACCUUACUGAAGGAUUCCAUUAAAUAUGGUCCAGAGUUUGCAGAUGCAUAUUCAAGUUUAGCAUCAUUGUUGGCUGAGCAGGAGAGAUUUAAGGAAGCUGAGGAAAUAUACCAGGCUGGAAUAAAGAACUGCCCAGACAGCUCAGACUUACACAACAACUAUGGAGUUUUCUUAGUUGACACGGGCUCUCCAGAGAAGGCAGUGACCCAUUACCAACAGGCCAUCAAACUUAGCCCAAGCCAUCACGUGGCCAUGGUGAACCUGGGGAGACUGUACAGAUCACUGGGGGACAACAGUGUGGCUGAAGAAUGGUACAAACGUGCCCUGCAGGUGGCACGCAAAGCUGAGAUAUUAUCACCAUUGGGAGCUCUGUAUUACAACACCGGCAGAUACGAAGAGGCUUUGCACAUUUACCGGGAAGCCGUGGCACUUCAGCCUUCCCAAAGGGAACUCCGCCUGGCACUGGCUCAGGUUUUGGCCGUGAUGGGUCAGACAAAAGAAGCUGAAAAGAUUACCAAUCAUAUCGUGUCUGAGGAGACUGGAUGUCUCGAAUGCUAUCGCCUGUUGUCGGCCAUCCACAGCAAGCAGGAGCAGCAUGAUAAGGCACUUGAUGCUAUAGACAAGGCUCUCAAGCUGAAACCAAAGGACCCAAAAGUUAUAUCUGAACUUUUUUUCACUAAAGGAAACCAACUAAGAGAGCAGAAUCUUCUCGACAAAGCUUUCGAGAGCUAUAAAGCAGCCGUGGAAUUAAAUCCAGAUCAAGCACAGGCCUGGAUGAACAUGGGCGGAAUCCAGCACAUCAAGGGAAACUACGUGUCUGCAAGAGCUUAUUACGAGAGAGCCCUUCAGCUGGUUCCAGACAGCAAACUGCUGCAGGAAAAUCUCGCCAAGUUGGACCGACUAGAAAAAAGAUUGCAAGAAGUUCAGGAAAAGGAUCAAAUGUAGCAGCCUUUGACCCAGUCUCAAGGGACAGUGCUGGUGCCUUUGGAAGAGGAAGAAGGGAUGGCAGCCUUGCUUUCACACCAGUUGGGUCACAACCAAUGCAGCUUUCCUCUUGCUCCAAGUUCAGGGUGGCCCACUGUGGGACACCUGCUGGUCCCCCUAUGCCCAGGACUUGCAUUUCCAUGAAAGAAGAUGAAGCCAGCAAGCAAGGGCCAGGAGGCCCGAGAGGGAAGGAAAACAGCAACUACACAUUUUACAGAUUUCUGUUUGGUUUAAUUCCAGAUUCCAAAUUCAUAUAUUUGUCUGCUUUUCCAACCUAGAAAUCCAUGUCUUAGUGCAGACAUUUGUGUCCCAGAAAUAGAGGCUUGAAAUGCUAUGAAGUCAAAAGAGGAGAUAUUUCAAGGAAGAUAAAUCCUCUGGGAUAAAGCAAGUGGGAAACUCUAUCAAGAGGUAGCUCCUUUAAUUCUCCAGAACCAGAAAUAAGUAUCUAAUAGUUUUCGUAGAACCUUCUGGAAUAUAUGGGGGAAAAGGGCUAUUGUUAAGUGAGCUUUAUCUGAUAUCCUUCUGAGAAUAUUGCUAGAGACCUAUUGAGAAGUAAAUUAAAUUCCUCUCUGAUAUAAGCUGUUUUCCCAUUGCCUAAUGUAUCAAAAAGGAAGCUUCUGGAAUUGUGUAUGGGUAGUCUUAUUCCUAGGGGGGAAGUCAAGGAUCAUAGUACCCCUGAGUCUUUAUGGAGAUGGUUUAAAUUAUUUUAACUUUAUUACAAGUAUUAAGAGAGUAGUGGUUCUGCUCUAAGAUUUCAUAAGUGCUUUUAAAAAAUCAUAAGUGUUUCUGCCUCCAAAUAUAUUGUUAUUUUGGUGGAGAAAAAAAUAGUAUAUUCUACAUGAGAAAUAUUAAAGGUAUUAAUCGAGAGAAAUGUUCUACUUUAUUAUCUUAACAUUCAGAUGUUCUGAGAUUAUUAUUUUUUAAAAAUAUAUUUAACCAUUGAGGAAUCUUUACAGUAUAUUACAGAGAUCUUCAUAGAGUCUAAAUAGAUGGAAAGGAGCCCAAUUGAUUCCUAGUCUUAAUGAGAAUUCUGUGCUUAAAAUAUGAGUGCUAGAACCGGAGUUCUUAAUUCUGUGUUUGUAAUUUUGGAGAUUUCAUGGAGAAUGCUCAAAAAAAUCUAAGAAAAAAAGACCUAUAAUUAUAAUUUAAAUAUAUAUAUAUUUAUAUUUAAAAGAUAGAAAUGGCAAAGUUGACCUUACAAUUUGACAUUUGUCUUUCAGUGUUAUUUAUUUCAUAACUUAUAAAAUAUUUAAUAUAUACAUACAUUUUUUUCUCUGUACAUAGUGGUUUUCAUAGCAGCUUCCACAACUGAUCAUACAAAAAUUAUAAAACAAAAUUACAAAGUAGUUAAGUUUUAACAGCCCCUCCAGAAAGUCUGUAUUGAUUAUUAACUUGUUAAAGCCAAACAAAUUCAGGAUCAGCUGCCAGUGUCCGUUUGGUAAUAUAUUUUGUAAUUGGAGAGUUCCCGUCAUGGCGCGGUGAAAACAAAUCUAACUAGGAACCAUGAGGUGGUGGGUUCGAUCCCUGGCCUCGAUCAGUGGGUUAAGGAUCUGGCAUUGCCAUGAGCUCUGGUGUAGGUCGCAAUUGCAGCUUGGAUCUGGCGUUGCUGUGGCUGUGGCAUAGGCUGGCAGCGGUAGCUCCGAUUAGACCCCUAGCCUGGGAACCUCCAUAUGCCGAGGGUGCAGCCCUAAAAAGCAAAAAAAAAAAAAAAAAAGAUUUUGUAGUUGGAGAAAUUGGAUCACAUGAUUCUAGUUUGGUUUUCAUCAUAAUACUUUUAAAACACCACCCUGGGCAGUGCUGUUGCAGUGCUAAGCCAAGUGUCAUACACAUAUCAUAGCCUAAAGGCCCUCAUUUGUGACAUGCUCAGGCCAGAGCAAGAAGCCUUCUGCUUCUUUUCAACCCCAAUAUCAGAAAGCACUGCCUCUCUAUGUUAUUAUUUUUUGUGAAGGUAAAUCUAGGUGAAAGGAAGAAAAAUUUCUUUGGAAAGAGAUAGUGCCAGGAAUAUUUUAAAUGCAAAGGAUUACAGAAUUUGAGUUAACAUACAUCUGUUUGUGUCUAUCAGUAAUCCAACAAUGCAUAUAUUACCACUAUGAUCUUCUGUUUCUAAUAGUUUUAUAAGGUUUGUAUUUAGUCUUUUAAAGUCAUAAAUUUAUCCAAAAUUUCAUUUAAAAUAUUUUCAUUAUUUUAAAAUAAUUUCCUCUCCCAAAUUAUACUUCUAUAGUCCUAAGGUCAAGAAAUGUACUACCAUAUUUAUUGUAAAAUAACUACUUCGCCCCCAACUUGAGAAACAUGAGUCCCUAGCUAAAAGCAGCAUCUAGGAUUUGAAUUACAAUGUUUUGAAUAAUCUGAAACAAAAUCUCAUGCUUAGAAAGUUAAUGAAACAAACAAAAAAGUUAAUUGGGGAGUUCCUUGGUGGCCUAGCAGUUAAGGAUCUGGCAUCAUUACUGCUGGGACUCUGGUUUGAUCCCUGGCCCAGAAACUUCCACAUGCUUUGGUUGUGCCCCCCCCCCCCAAAAAAAAAUAUAUUGAGCCCAAAAUUCUGAAAAAACAAUUAUGCUUCACCUAAAAGUGAUGCUAAAAAUAUGAGAGUACAUUUGUUGGAGUAUCGAAAUGGCUAUGAUAGCCUAAAAAGUUUCUGAGAGGAAAGGGUCACAUGGCCUUUAUGAGAUAUUUUCUGCCUUCUUUUGGGUGCUUAUCUCUCCAUCUCUCUCUCUCUCCUCCCCCUCUCUCCCGUGCUCUCUCUCUGUCACUCUGUCUCAUUGCACACACUGGCAUCUCUUUGAACCUUAAAAGUAAGCAUUGUUUGUUGGAUCAGAUAUUUCUGUCCUGAGUUAAUAUGUUCCCUAAGAUGUAGCCAAUAAAAUAGAUUUCCUAGUUGAGUGGUGCCUAUAAGGAAAUAAAUCACAUAUUAUUUUUCAAAAGAUUAAGUGUUUUUUAAUAGCUAUUUUUAUUUGCUCCUGCAACAUGAAAUAAUAUGUGGAAUUCAUCCUUAUUAAAAUAAAAAUGGAGUGCCCUGGUGAGUCCUGGACAUCCAUCUAGGUGCCCUUAACAAAAGUUUGCUUGCUUGGCGUGUGAGUUGAUAAUCUUUUUCUUUCCUUUUUUUUUUUUUCUUUUUAGGGCCUCACCUGUGGCAUAUGGAAGUUACUAGGCUAGUGGUUGCCUGGGAGCUGCAGCUGCUGGCUCAUGGCCACAGCCACAGCAACACCAGAUGCGAGCCUUGUCUGUGACCUACAUCACAGCUUGCGGCGACACCAGAUCCGUAACCCAUUGAGUGAGGCCAGGGAUUGAACCUGCAUCCUCAUGGAUACUGGUCAGGCUCUUAACUCACUGAGCUACAAAGGAAACUCCUGAUAGUCCCUUUCUGAGCUGAAAUUGCAGAGCCAGCUUCAUGCAUGUGUCAUCUCUGCAGACCCUCAGGGUCCUGCAGGCAGAAGCAUCUUGUGUUUGGUUGAAUGCUGUGCUUGACGUGCUAAGUAAUUUUUGAACAAAGGGGCCUGCAGUUCCAUUUCACACUGGGUCCUGGUAGGAGGGAAGGUGGCCGAGGCCAAGACAGGAGUGGCUUCGGUCUGGCUGAAUGAACACUUGAUUCAAUGAGCAGAGUUUAAUUUGUGACUGUUGCCCUGAGCAGCACUGGCUCUUUUGUCUCAGCUUCUCUUCACAGUACAGAGUCUCUUCCUACUGCCAGUCUAUCUAACCUGCCCUGCUGCCCUACCUGGAGCCAGUUCUCCUUUCCUUCAAAUUCUCCUAUCAGUCCUUUCACAUGUCCUUCAAUAGCAGAGCCAUGGGAAUGGCUUUACAAGCUAUUUCAACCCUCAGAAUUAUUCAGGAUUUUUGAAAUGUUUCAGAUGUUUCCCUUCUGUUAAUGGUAUUCAUAAAACCUGGUUCAGUGAUGGAACAUAAUGAGCUAAACCAAAGAUCCAGAUACCUUGGAGGAAAAGAAAUUUUCUUUUAGGAAAACCUAAGCUAUGUUUUUUUCUUCUGUUUUUUCUUUUCUUCUUUUUUUUUUUUCUUACCUUUUUAAGGCCACAUCUGCAGUACAUGGAAGUUCCUGGACUAGGGUUGAAUCGGAGCUGCAGCUGCCAGCCUACACCACAGCCACAAGAACACAGGAUCCAAGCCAUGUCUGCGACCUAUGAUGAAGCCUGUGGCAAUGCCAGAUCCUUGACCCACUGAGUGAGACCAAGGAUGGACUCCGCAUCCCCACAGACACUAUGUUGGGUUCUUAACUCACUGAGCCACAGUGGGAACUCCCCAAGCUAUGUUCUUUUUGAUCUGUUUAUUUUGAAGCCUAUCACAAAGCAAAGAGGACUGCCUAGCACUUGGAUUCCAAACUCCCACAGCAUUUCACACCCCCCAUCACCUGAGUCUGACAUGCUCACCAAGUGGCACCUUGUGUGAUACAGGGUUUUGCAGCGAUUUGCACCUGCUUUUCAAGACUAAAUGAGCAAAUCCAAGCCAUUCUGUGGAAACUGAUCUAAAAAUGAAAAGCCAAAUGUGGCCUUUGUAUUGCCUGUGUUAAACAUUCUAGGCCCCUCAGAUUGAAAAGCUGCAUUCAGCUGAUAGUUGAGAUCUUUUUCCUCACACAGGGGUACUGUCAGCUGUAGCUGGACGGGAGGCUGACCUGCAUGCUUUUGGACAUCCCUGGACCCCAGCUGCCCAGGUUGUAGUUUUAAUAUGCAGCUAGGCUGUAGAAUCGUUGCAGGCUAGUAACUUAGAGUUUAUGACUUUUCCAAAGACAUUUAUAAUCUUUUACAAUUUUCACUUUUAAAAUUUAGACUAAAAUGAGCCCCAGAAUUCUAAAGAAUGACUUAACAGCACAAUGGGUUGGUUGAGGCUAUUAUUCCAAGGUUGACAAACAGGAGGGUUGGGUGUGGCAGUUUUGCAUUUGUGGUAAAUGACCUAUAAUUUGACCUUAAUAUUUACAGAAUUCUUGGUUGUCAGAUGGAGAGGAGUUGCUUUGCUGUUUGAAUGUACCAGACAGACAAGGUGCCCAGUAUACAAAACUCAUAGAUGGGGCCAGGUCAUAGGGUUUGUCAGUUUAUUAUCUCUUACUUGUACUCAUAAGAAUCAGCUUAAAAAAAGCUUUUGCUCUGAUUUGUGAUGGGUUUAUACCUUAGAUCAAUAAAUCUAUAGGAUAUUAGUAACAGCACUCUAAGCAAAUAUAGUUAGAGGUGUUUUAUUUAUUUUAAAUUUUUUCCUGGUUUCCAAAUCACAUUUACUUUGAUUAAAUUGUAUGUUGGUAUCUCCCAAUAAUAGCAAAAUUAAACUAUCUAAAUGGCAUCUUUUGACACUUUAAAUGAGUAAAUACCUGUCAAAUUUUGUAUUUAGGCUGUAAUUGAGUAAGAUAAAAACUUACAAUGCCAAAAAAUGAUUGGGGAAAUAUUUUAACAUUUUAUGAUUACUCUUGAAGUUUUUGGUGUGAAAAAAUGUGUUAAACAGGGCUUCCAAAAAUAGCAUUUCCUUCCUUAUUUUUUUUUUAAGUAGAGCCAUAUAACUUAAAAAAAUAAAUUUAAUCAAAGCUAUGGCUUAUUAUCAGUAAAAUAAAAAGUCACAACAGAAUCGAUACCUAUCAGUUGGCUUACAUAAAAAUGUUUCAUUGUGGUUACCAAGGAUCCUUCCCAUUAAAACCUUUAGGGCAUGUAACUUGUAAAAUUAGCACCCAUCACAAUAUGUGGUCAGAAUUAGUUUAUAAGUUUAGAUCAACAUUUUCCCCAAACUGAAAAGACAUGUCUGUUCAGAAAUCCUGGAGUAUUUAUUUUCCCAUUCUCAGUGAUUCACAUGCUGUGUCACCUUUGGAAGUUUCCCAUGUGCAUUGUGUCUUAUUGGUCCAUGGAAGGGGAGACCCAGUCCAAGAAGCAGGAGAUCUGGAUUCUAGUCCUGCUCUGCCACUGAGGAGCCAACUCACCCAGGACAAGACACCAAAUGUCUCAGUCGUGUUUGUAGUCCUUUAAAGGACUGUUUCAUUCUAUGGACCUAUCAAGCUCUGGGUCCCUUGAAUCCAAAGGGAAAGCCCUCUGCCUCUGAAGCAAAGAUAACUGCUAAGUGUUGUCCUUUGUUUUAGAAAUUAAGAUAACCACUGCAACAAAACACAUACACAAACCACCCUAAAAGGGACUGUACUGCCCAGGGGCUUUAACAUGGUAGAGGUAACCACUCUUAUUUUGCAGUCUGUACACAUAAAAAUUAGUGCUUUUCUUAUGUUUCUGGGGGAAAAAAGAUUUUUAAAAAGUUUCUCUUAAAGAAUUAAAAUAUCUGUAGAAGCCAUAGCUUGCUUUUAUAAUGUGGAAAUCAUUUGACUUGCUAUGACCCACCCAUCCCUCCUUUUGUCCGAGGGAAAUACUUGCAUCCUGUUCUUUGUUCAGAAUGAUUCUCUUCCCUGCUUUGAUCAGUUGUAUAUAAAUGUACAUUUUGGUUACUUUUGCUGUGGCAGUUAGAAAUUUAUCUCCCAUAACGUAUUUCUCCCAUUUAAGUCUGAUUAUGUACACUUUGCCUAGGUCUUACCAAAAUAAAAUUUCUGGAAAUGUCUAUUUUAUAUAAAA